AUGCACGCCUCCACGGUCAUUUUCGCCCCUCUAGCUCUUCUGGCAGGCCUGGUUGCCGCCCGCCCCUCGGAUUCUAACACCCCUGCCACUGGCGAACGCUGCUGUAAUGGCGGCACAAAUGAUACUUCCGAUUUCUGCCUGAGCUUCGGCUUAAACUCUUUCUGCUGCAGCGGCUUUGACGCUAGCAUAGGGACCGGGUGCGACGAUAUCCCCGAGUUUCCAACAGGACGUAACAUUCAGAACUUCGUCCCCUCCAACACCGGUUGCACCGUUCCAGGCAUCAGGUCGCGUGGCACCUUACCUGGCUUUAUCGGAUGUGCCUAA